AUAUAUAUAUAUACGAGGAGGAGGAGAAAGCAGUAGAAAGGAUAAAGAAAAGAAAAAAGAGCUGCAAAAUGAGUACGGUGAAAGCGGUGGCUGUCAUCACCGGCGACCCCACUGUUAGAGGCAAUCUUCAGUUCGUUCAGGACUCUCAAGGAGCAACCCAUAUCAGAGGGAAGAUAAGCGGCCUCAGUCCAGGCCUUCACGGCUUCCAUAUUCACUCCCUCGGUGAUACCACCAACGGCUGCAAUUCCACCGGACCUCAUUUUAAUCCAUUCAAGAAGGAUCACGGAGCUCCUUCUGAUAAAGAGCGUCACGCUGGAGAUUUGGGUAAUAUUGUUGCUGGCCCAGACGGGGUUGCAGAGAUUUUCAUUAAAGAUAUGCUGAUUCCGCUACGUGGGCAACAUUCCAUAUUGGGGAGGGCAGUAGUUGUGCAUGCAGAUCCUGACGAUCUUGGGAGAGGGAAAGGGGAAACAUUGGCUGCUUUCAUCUUUAGUCCAAAUGUUAUUUCUAGUUUCCUGCUCGUCUGUGCUGUGUGUGGGUUUAAAAGUGGGAAUUGUAAGGUGGACAUGAUCUUAGCAAGACAACAGGAAAUGCAGGUGCAAGAGUCGGAUGUGACAAGAAUAAGGGACUUACGGGUUGAGGGACCAAUCAAUUACCACCAAUAUAUAUAUAUGCUUUCUUACCAAGCAGCGCCAAGAACAAAGAUGUCGAUUGUAAUCGCAAUUCAAAUAGAUCCACAUGGGUGUGAGCCGGAAGGUGUCAUUGGGCUUCAAUCCUCGGUCUAGUGUCAAUUGCUCUCAUAUGUUUCAUACAAUUUACUUGGAUACUUUGUACAAUCAUGUCAGAUGUCUUAACCCUCAUAUCAUCUCGCAAAAAAUAAUAAUAAAAUUUUUACAUGGAUAGUAAGUUGAAAUUUUGUUG